UUUGUACUUCCCUGCUCGCCGUAGAAGUGCUGUGCUUGGAGGUCGGGCAUGCUCAUGGAUCGUCCAAUGCGAAAUGUUGUACGGGCGCCGAAAACCGUGUGAUUACCAUGGAAUUACAGAGUUAUGUGUCACACGCGACUUUUAAAAUCACGUUUGCGCUUUAACGACAAAGUGUACGUUUUUGUUAAGUGUUAGGAAAACCCAGAACAGGGGCGAAAACCUCCCGUCCGGUUUGUCCUACAAAGCAAAGGCGCCGACUGUUUGACAGCGGGAGGGCCCGCGUUAGGUAAACUGCCGGAGGAGGAGGAGGAGGACGCCUUUAGGAGAGCUUCAUGAAACCCUAAAGACUUUUUUUUUUGUUUAUUGUUGUUGUGGAAGUUGACCUCAAACAUGAGAAAAGACGUGAGGAUACUCCUAGUUGGGGAACCUAAAGUUGGGAAAACUUCACUUAUCAUGUCCCUGGUGAGUGAGGAGUUUCCUGAUGAGGUUCCUCUCAGAGCCGAGGAAAUAACCAUCCCAGCUGAUGUAACCCCGGAAAGAGUGCCCACGCACAUAGUCGACUACUCAGAAGCUGAGCAGUCAGACGAGCAGCUUUACCAAGAAAUCUCCAAGGCGAAUGUCAUCUGCAUAGUGUAUUCAGUUAACAACAAGAAGUCAAUUGAAAAGGUGACCAGCCACUGGAUUCCCCUGAUAAAUGACAGGACAGAUAAAGACAGCAGGGUGCCUCUGAUUCUUGUGGGGAACAAGUCUGACCUGGUGGAGCACAGCAGCAUGGAGACUAUCCUCCCAAUCAUGAACCAAUUCCAGGAUAUAGAGACCUGUGUGGAGUGCUCUGCCAAAAACCUGAAGAACAUCUCUGAGUUGUUCUACUACGCCCAGAAGGCCGUUCUCCAUCCAACAGGACCUCUGUACUGUCCGGAGGAGAAGGAACUGAAAUUGUCCUGUAUUAAGGCUUUAACUAGAAUAUUUAAAAUUACCGACCUGGACAACGAUGGGAUCCUGAACGACAACGAGCUGAACUUCUUUCAGAGAACUUGUUUCAAUACACCUCUGGCACCCCAAGCUUUGGAGGAUGUGAAGAACGUGGUCAGGAGGAACAUGGCGGAUGGAGUCAAAGACAACGGACUGACGCUUAAAGGCUUCCUGUUCCUGCACACACUCUUCAUCCAGCGAGGUCGACACGAGACCACGUGGACCGUACUGAGGCGGUUUGGAUACGACGACGACCUGGAGCUCACGCAGGAAUAUCUGUUCCCCAUGAUUAAGAUUCCUUCUGAUUGCACCACAGAGCUCAACCACAACGCUUACCUCUUCCUUCAGAGCGUCUUCGACAAACACGACAAAGACAGAGACUGCGCGCUGUCGCCGGAGGAAGUGAAGGAUUUGUUCAAAGUGUUUCCCUACAUGCCCUGGGGGCCGGACGUCAACAACACCGUGUGCACAAAUGAGAAGGGGUGGAUCACAUACCAGGGUUACCUGUCCCAGUGGACUUUGACAACUUACCUGGAUGUGCAGCGGAGUUUGGAAUAUUUAGGUUAUCUUGGUUACUCUAUUGUCUAUGAGCAGGAGUCCCAGGCAGCAGCCAUAACCGUGACCCGCAACAAGCGAAUCGACCUGCAGAAGAAGCAAACGCAGCGCAGCGUCUUCCGCUGUAACGUCUUGGGGGCACCAGGGAGCGGGAAGAGCGGCUUCCUCCAAGCUUUCCUCGGCAGAAACCUACAGCGGCAAAAGCAGAUCAAAGAAAACCACAAGUCCUACUACGCCAUCAGCACCACCUACGUUUACGGACAGGAGAAAUACCUGCUGCUGCAUGAAGUGAUGCCAGAUUUGGACUUCCUGUCGGAGGCGGACUUGGCCUGUGAUGUGGUCUGCCUGGUGUACGACGUCAGCGACCCCCGUUCCUUUGAGUAUUGUGCUAAAGUGUACAAGCAAUACUUCAUAGACAGCAAAACGCCGUGUGUGGUAAUCGCUGCCAAGUCCGACCUGCACGAGGUACGGCAGCACUACAGUCUGUCACCGCACGACUUCUGCCGGAAGCACAAGCUCCACCCACCGCAGUCCUUCACUUGCAACACAACCACCGCCCCCAACAAGGAUCUGUACACCAGACUCACCACCAUGGCCAUGUAUCCCCAGCCGAGCCACUCUGUGUGCAGGCUGUUACAGCCGAGUGUGGCGGCGCUGUGCCAGCUGACUCCCAGACUGUUAGCCAGGGAGGUACCCGCGUGUUUGUGUGUGAACUCUGCACGCGCAACUAAUGCAGCAACUAAUGCAGAAUCAUAGUUAACAUUAUUUUAGUCCUACUCCGAUCAUCUUUAGAUUUAUUUUCAAAGCGUUCCUACUAGUGGUCUGUUAAAUGAUAAUGCCGUUUGUAGCCAAAAUCAAAAGCUUUUCUAGGAUACAGUAUCUGAAGAACAGCAGUAGUUCAUCUCCGCCCCCACUUCCCAUCAUAGCUUUAGAACUCUCUGUUUAAACACUCCACCACUAGUUUACAGCCUCUGUGUUACAAGUUACUUUAAAAAAUAAAGUCAGAGAAAAGUAAGUAAUGACAUUUAUGCCAUUUUUUUUCAGAGAAUAACUGAUAAUAUAAUAUUUAGUUUGGUAUAUCAUGAUAUAUAUUGUUAAAAUAAUUUAUAUCAUGAUAUACAUUUUUUUCCAUGUCGCCCAGCACUUUUUUGAAUAAAAGAAAUCCUCAGAAAUUAAAUUUUAAGCAUUAUUUUCUAGCAUAUGUCCUUGAUCAGGAGAAAAAAUGCUGCAAGAACAAGUUCAAAGGACAGUUUUCAUCGGGGUGGGUCUUUAAAAAUAGCUUAGCUGUGAAGAUUUCAUCUCAAACAUGAACCAGGAGGAUCAGGAUGCUUUGAACUGCAGGUGUGACUUUCUGAGCUGCCCUUCUUCCACGUGUCAGAGAUGAUUACUGCAGUGAAUAUGCAAACGGUAAACUUUGAUUUGCAUGCAGCGUUUGCAUACAAAAAUGAGAGAAACACAGCCGAUCCCUUUGUGUUUCAUCCCACUGAAAACUUCACUGUCUUCUGCAUGUUUGCAUUUCUAAAUUGAUCUCCUGUCCAUGAUUGAUGUUCUGUGACGUUUUCAGUCUCAUUUUCUGUCUUCACGCUGGACUCUGAACUCACAGGAGAGGCUGUCUUUUAGCCGUUAGAGACGGCGACACUACUUCCUGUGUGUUGAGAUGUGCUUCAGCCACUAAUGAUUAAAAAAAUCAAGUUGCUCUGAAUGAUUUUGCUGCACUGAACCAAUCAUUUCAUCCCAUUUUCCUGUCUCCCAUCUUUGUGUUUUCUUUUUUCCUUUCACUCUUCAGGUGUUCCCUCUCUUGUUUCUGGCUUCCCGUCUUCCUUUUCUUCUUGCAUGUCUUCACUCUCUUUUAUUAACACUUCAUGAUUUGUGGCUUAGCUCACCUAAAGCACGUCAGGGAUUGGUCAAAUACUGCCAUCUAGUGGUGAUGGGGGGAAGUUUCACAUCUGUCAUUCAUGUGAAGCAGAUUUUUGGUGGUUGAUUGUUUGGCGCCUUGGCUUAAAUAUUUGGAUAAAUAAGAGUUAAUUGCUUUGAUAGAUGAGCUGCAUGUGAGCUUGCAUUCGUCUGCAUUAAUAACAGCAUGUACAGGGUCGGGCUGUGGGGGCGCUCCACAGCAUGCGUUUUUACUGUCCGUUAGAAUGGCAUCUCAAACUCAUUUUUCCAGGUUAACUCAAUUAGAAAAUGCAAAAUAAGGUGAAUUAAUGUCCAAACUAUUAUAACCGACACUAAAAAAUGUUAAACUAUGUUAAAAAGUUGAAUAAAAGUGUUGUAGGUCAUACUUCCUUCCAAUAAAUAAAACAUAAAACGUAUAUUUAAGGUUUUUUGCAAAAUAUUUUAAAAAUAAAACAUGUUUUUGC